CUUAAUUCUUCUGGUACUUCGUCCGCCACAAGUAUCUGAUCCUGCUUACAAAUAAUAUAGGGUGUUUGGUGGAUACCUGCGGCGCCUGGCAACCUACGGGAACGCUCGAGCUUUUUGACACGAAGCAUUACUGGAGGUCGCAAUACCAACUUUCCGCUAUCGGUACAUCGGGAGAGGACAGCAGGAACUUACGGCGCGCAGACCAGCGGACGCGCCUUAACAGCAUCUGGCCCUUGUUUCAUUGUGUACUCAUUGUCAUCGGAGUAGAGGGGGCUUCGGCGGCUACAGGGUGUGACUGCGACACACUCGAGGGUUGUUUAGAUGUCGGGCUGCAGUAAUUCGGAUUACUCGCGCGUCCUACAGCUCGUGGGAAAUAGUGCGGUCGAUGCCUCGUCGAUUUGCAACGGUCUGGCCGUUGCGAGUUUGGGACCUGAUGCCGCAGUAACCCAGUGGAUGGUGGGACAGCUGCGGCAAACACAAGAUGAGCUAAAACAAGUGGAACACGGAUUGGACGUGAGCUUCGUCCUCACGUCGGCCUACCAGGUUUUCGUCAUGCAGCUUGGUUUCGCGCUGUUUGCUGCGGGAGUGGUUCGUCCCAAAAACAUUGUGUCCAUCUUCCUCAAGAACUUCUUCGACACCUGCAUCGCCGGCAUCGCGUUCUACCUGAUCGGGUACGCGUUCGCCUUCGGGACCCGGAGCGGCACGGGAGGCAACGGUUUCAUCGGCUACUGGGAUUUCGCGCUCAGUGCCACCGACGGCCGCCCCGGCCAGCCCUCCGGCCCCCUCCCCUGGCACCUGUUCGUGUGGAACUGGUCCUUCUGCUCCGCUGCAACCACCAUCCUGUCGGGCUCCAUCGCGGAACGAG